AUGCCUCUUCGCGACCUCCCUCGAGAAAUACAUCACGAAAUCCUUUCUCAUCUCGACGAAAUUGUUGACCAAGUCGCAGCUGAUUUAGCUCUACCUGUCUGGAGUAACUUAUUUCAAACUAGAGCUUUGCAAGAAACUCGGUACCAUUUUGAUCGACCCCGUAAACCGGGCUUUCCCUCUGUUCAUAGUAUGUUCCAAGAACUCGCAAAUCAGAUCAGCUGUGUAGUCAGAAAUGGAACCGUAGAAUGCUACCGAUUCCGAUUCCCAAAAGGGAAGUGGUGGGAAAAUCCAAAUUUACAAGACGUUUGGGAUAUUUCCACUUGCAGCUUCCUUGAUGAGCCUUUAGUGAAAUCGACUGUUGGUUCCGGCGAUAAGGGAUCUUGGAAAGUUGAGAUCUCAACGAUUUCGCCACUCAGCUGGACCUACCCACAACCAUUUGAGUGCAGCGAAACUACAACUGUUAGGGAAUUCAUCGACGCUAGUACUGGCAGUAAUAUCAACCUAGAAGGCUAUAUAGAAGGAGAGGGCCUGCCACUAGAUACUUAUCAAGAGGUCAUAAUUCAGGGAUCAACAGUAUACGAUGGUGGUGAAUACAGCGAAUAUAAAAACCCCCCAGCUCGAGACCCGGAGGUCACUAUGGUCACAACUGUGAGCUUCGUGAAGCGGUCAACGAAGCAAUACCAGGAGUGGAUGGCCACCGAUCAGCAUCUCCGAGAAAUCAUCAGACUUUAG